CUGAAGUCUCUAGCUCUUUGAUUAGACCCGGGAUCGAACUAACUCCACAUCCAAGUUUUCAACUUUUGAAGCCGAAGCAAAGGGAAAAGUCAUCCGAAAGGAAAUUUCCUCCCAUUUACUUCUCUGUUCUUCUGUUGGCUCUUCGGUUCUUCAAGUCCGUCAACUGUCCAAUAAAGUCCGUUGAUCUCAAAUGUUUUCAACUUUCUGAAACAACCCACCCGGUGUUCCCUGUUUUUUCCACCAAGGUUUUGCUAUACUUCUAUGGCAAAACCCUGAUCCGUGGAAGCCUGUUGAAUCGCAGCAACGAGGGGGCACGAGUUUCGGUUCUUUCAGUCUAAACGAGCUCUGGAUGCUUCAGUUUCAGUUUGGGGGCUGUAAUAGAGGUUUUUGAUACUUACCCUGUUACUUUCCUUUCUGUUCUCAAAUGGGUUGGUGCAGUUUUUGAUGUUGGACUCUAAUUUAGAAUCAAGUUUUGGUUUUUCUUCAUUGGAGAAUGUUGGUGGCUUUUGUUUCUCUGAGCUCUAAGUCUAUGGAUGCUGUAAUCGUACAGUCCAUGGAACCUAUUUGACACUGUGUUAUUAGUGACUUAAUUUUAUGGCUACUAACAAGAAACCCCAUCUCAAGAUUGCGGCCUUCCGCCGUUUCUUAUCUAUAGUUGUUAUCACAUUGUUAGGGGUUUUGUUACUGAUAUUUCUUCUUGGUACAAAUUCAACUUCAAUUUUUAAUUCACGACCUUCGGAUGAAAUAGAUGAAGAUAGUUAUAGUUUUUCACAUUCUAGAGGAAAAAUUGAUCUCCCUAAACAAAAUAAGCUGUCGAUUCAAUUGGAGAAGCGAAACCAGUUGCCACCAAGAAAUGUAGAUCUAUAUCCGAGUCUAGCCAAGGAUCAUAUAACUAUUGUACUCUAUGUACAUAACCGUCCCCAAUAUCUCCGUGUGGCUGUGGAGAGCCUGUCCCAAGUGGUGGGAAUAAGUGAAACUCUACUGAUAGUUAGCCAUGAUGGGAACUUUGAAGAGAUGAACAAGAUCGUCGAGAAGAUCAAAUUUUGUCAGGUGAAACAGAUAUUUGCUCCUUACUCUCCCCAUAUCUUUCAUAAAAGCUUUCCAGGAGUCUCAACGAAUGACUGUAAGGAUAAAGAUGACGCAGCAAGGAAGCAUUGUAAAGGGAGCCCUGAUCAGUAUGGAAACCAUCGAUCACCAAAGAUUGUAUCGUUAAAGCAUCACUGGUGGUGGAUGAUGAACACAGUGUGGGAUGGAUUGAAGGAAACCCAAGGACACUCAGGUCAUGUUCUUUUUAUAGAGGAGGACCACUUCAUAUUUCCCAAUGCAUAUCGCAAUUUACAGAUACUUACAGAGUUGAAGCCUCAUAAAUGCCCUGAUUGUUAUGCUGCAAAUUUAGCACCUUUGGAUGUGAAUUCAAGGGGAGAGGGGUGGGAUAUUUUGGUUGCAGAGAAAAUGGGGAAUGUGGGUUAUUCCUUUAAUCGUACUGUUUGGAGGAAAAUCCAUAAGAAGGCUAGAGAAUUUUGUUUCUUUGAUGACUACAAUUGGGAUAUAACAAUGUGGGCAACUGUUUACCCAUCAUUUGGUGGCUCUGUUUACACAUUACGAGGGCCUAGGACCAGUGCAGUUCACUUUGGGAAGUGCGGUCUCCAUCAGGGCCAGGGAGAGAAUAAUGCUUGCAUUGACAAUGGUGUGGUAAAACUUGAUGUGCAAGAGAUUGAUAAAGUUGCUAAUAUCAAAUCUGAAUGGGAAGUGCAUGUUCAUAAGCUUCAGUCUGGAUAUAAAGCUGGCUUCAAGGGUUGGGGAGGUUGGGGAGAUGAGAGGGACCGCCAGUUGUGCUUAAAUUUUGCUCGCAUGUAUCAUGCCAUAGACACCGCCUCUGCUUUCUGAAGAGUAGGCAUUACGACCUUUUUAUUUUUUCCAACUGUUGUAACUGAUGAGGUCUGGGUUGUUUUUGUUUAGUCAUUUAAAAAUAGCAAUAGCUGAUGUUUUUUGUUUGCAA